AUGACCUCCUCCACUACCUUUGUGAAGACGAAACCUCAUGCCGUCCUUGGCAUGGAUACGAUCUCAUUCCCAGUGAUGACAUAUUCUGGUGCAUUGCCAAAAAGUUCCCUCGAGGACCUAUAUCACCAUUCUCGGCGGCAGCCAAACAUGGAGUCGACAGCCAAGGAAGCAGCCCUUCAAAGCAACUAUACCUUUGGAAACUCCACCCAUAGCCAAGUCAUGGGCUCGAGCUCCUUGACCACGUUCGAUUUUCGAGUCUUGCCGCCGCCAGACGAGGUUUUCCCCUCGCAACCUGAAUCAGCCGAUAGUCCGCAGGGUGUACCGCGGAUAGGACUCGCUCUGGGAAGUCCAAGAAUGCUCGAUCAUCGAGAUGAUUUGUCUCCUCCACAAUUCCGAACGGAGAUCUUCACCAAACAGCAAGUUGUUGCACCAUCGAUCUCACGAAAACCGAGCAAGUGGAAGAAGAUCGGGGGCCUGUUCAAAGCAAAGAAUGCCCUGGCGGUACCAGUUCCCCAUCUGGGAGACUCUGCCGCGCAGGUUCCCCGUCUUCAAGUGAACGACGGGGCGCCAGAACGCUUAUCGACGGAUGAAUGGCCUAAAUUUGGACCGAAUUUCACUGGAGCAGGGUCGUCUCAGAACGGCCUUCUACUGGCAGUGGAUAUUCCAGCUGCGCAGAUGGAGCGGUACAGUGUGAUGUUCGAUCAAGUGAUGAGGCAGAACGGCCAAAGGCCCUCACUAUUAACGAGAAGGCGCAAGACUUUGGACAAUCUCCGUGUGCCAAGCAAUGAGGCUUUCUUAAGCACAAAAAGACCUCCAGUUCCUCAGCGCAGGGCGACCUCGCCUGGGCGAAGCAACUUUUCUCUCUUUCCAAGUACGCAACCGGCCAAGGUGAUACAAGGCCCGGGCACGCAAAACUUCUCCCGAGGGCCAAGUCCACUGCCCAGGUCAAAUACUUUACCAGUCGAUACCUGCUCUGAUAUAGGCGAGCAAACUCCGCGACCGACCCCAGAUGAUUUCACAGAUGGGCCCUGGGACAUUUCCCGCGUUCGUCGCAUAUUCGGCUCGCCUCAGUCCACACCACGAGGUUCUCUUGACAAGGCUCUGCCGAACAUCAAAUCAAAGCUGCCAGCUCAGACGACCCACUUGCAGGGGGGAUCUUCUCUGUCCGUUGCGCAUAAUAUGCAAGACAUUGCCGGCAGGAGUCGAUGCGAUAGCAUCCAAUCAGACACUGGCGAAGCUAAAGUGCUCCCACCAACUUUGCCUUUUGCCGACCCUGCAAGACCAUCUUCUAGUGACGACCAAGCGAAGAAGCGACUCGCACUGCCUGGAACAAAGUCAAGACGCCGUUCGUACAGCCUGGGACCACCUCGUACAUCCGCCACUUCUCCGGGUACUGUAAAACCACCACAAGGAAAUCCUGCACAUCGGUUCCAGUCUUCCGACAAAGCGGCAUCAUCACAAACCUCGACCCCGCCUCAUCAACAACGCAAAGGCUCAUUACAAACAACCAUGAUGCAGCAAGUCUGUUCAUCCGAACAAUCAUCCUCACCAAAACAGUCAAUGAUACACAAGACAUCCGCAUCGCCUCCCACACAGCUUCCGAAACCCAUCACGAAGCCUGUGACCAAGGCAGGCCGCCCCCAACUGCAAAUCGCAACCAAUACCCGCAUGCGCCCAACGCUGCAAAUCCCCAACAACUCAUUGUCAGAUUCAUCGGCCACUCGCUCCCUCUCACAAUUACGUCCAAAUACCAACACUUCCUCUCUAAGCACCCAAUCUCACCAAGCACAUUCUCCUACCAUUAACAUCAGAGCCCCAAGUCCACACUCAGCAGGCUCUUCGGGAAUCCUAUCCCCGCGCAUGCCUCUGGCCACAGACCCCGACGAGAUCGACGAAGAAGAAACCGAUCAAUCUAGCAAACUCCCCGUGGUCGAAGUCUCCAUUGCACGAUCAGUAUCCGUCUCCCGGGCAAAGCGUCAGAUACUCGUCCCGGUUGGUGCACGCGUGGACACACUUCUACCCAAGGAGCGCGUGGUUGAACGUGGUCCUAUGAUGCCACGGAUAAUGGAUACGAGUAUCCGAAGUAAACAUGCCGUAUCGCAGCAUCUCCAGGUUGAGUCGUUUUUAUGA